GUCUGGGAUCCGUCGACGGACAUGUGGUUCAAAUUGAGCGAGAGGAAAAAAAACAAGAUUUUUCGCUUCCUCUUCCUGGAAACCCGGCCGAAGAGUAAUGCCGACCAGGAGCACAUGCGACACAGGGACCACAUGUUGUCGUUGCUUGACAACUACCAUGGCGCCGAUCGGAGAAAUGCGAAGAACUUUCUCGACAGGUUGGCGGGUCUGUACUUCAAAGAGUCUAUUCAGAUCUUGAGGUACCACGACUACGCGUCGAUGGUAUCCACCGAGGAUGAGGAUGAAACGGGGAUUGUAUUUGAUGCUGGAAUGACAAAGGAGGGCAGCGACACGGAGAGUCUCGACAUCGGUUACGCUCCCUCGCCAGCCCCAACCACCGCCGGUUCUUCAGCAGCCGGCCCGUCGACCAGCCAGCCCCCUCAAACGACACAGACGUUAACGACAACCCCGGGAAAGACACCGAAGAAGUUGUCGUCAAUACUGUGCACCGUUGGAGCUGCCGCUGCCCCGUUGCGUCCUGGGAGUUUUGUUCCUCUCGAUCACCCGUCUCGACGCGACGAGAGCAUCCACUUCGAGAGCCACGACCACCACACGUGGGCGGACGGGGGAAGGGGGCAUGGAGGCAGGGACGGAGGGACGGGCGGAGGGGACGAGGCCACUGGGAAGGACACGACGCAAGAGGUGCAUCGCCCGACCGACAUUGUCGUCUUCGAUGCGGGAGGUGUCGAACCAGGGGAACAGGGGACGUGCACUGCAGAACCCGCGGGCGGAGGGGACAAGGCCACCGAGAAGUUCGUCGGGAUCCGAACUACAGUCUCGGAAGAACCAGCCUCCCUAUCUCCGACAGCCCAGCUUUACGAUAUGGCGCGACGCGGCCACGACCGUUGUCGCUCGGAGGUCGAUGUUGUGGAGGACAGCAAGUUUGACGGGAUUUACAGUGCAACGGAAAAGCAAUUAGCGACAGAGGACGGAUCACAGACCGUGUCGGAGGCUGGAAGGCGGGGCGAGGAAGCCCUCACAUCUUUGAAGUCCGCUGGCAUCCGGACUUCGACGAGCGGCUCCGCUGGUGAAGCCAAUGCUGCGCCGGCAGGGGAGUCCGUCGUCGAGGGGCCGGGGCAGAGGGACUUGGACAAGGCAUGUAAGAUGGGUUUGUCGUGUGUUGAGAAAGCAGACAAGGGGUCGGAGAGGGUCGGGGGGGGGGAUGGUAGAGACGACAAGGAGAUGGGGGUCACUAAAAGGCUUGAUGACGGAAGCGGUGCGGAAGGCAAUUUGAGCAGUGAGGUGGAGGGCACGGAGGACCGGGUGGAAAGUUGUGGUGACAACGACGAUUUCACAGACGCAGGCUCCGGAGAGUCGGCCGACGAGUUCGUCUGGUUGUACGGUGGGCGCAACGACGAGGAUGCUGAGUGCGGGACGCCUGCAAUGGCCAUCGAGACGGAGCUCGCUAUCCAACUUUCCGAGGAGGGCGAAGAUUACAAUGUUUCCCCUUUGCGGGGUGUUGUCGAAACCGCAGUGGAGAGCCAUGACAUUGAACUGCCGCUGAGUCCUGUGAAACCUGCAGGUCGGCUGCUCGUUGACGAGGUCGUGCAUGGCAUCCUCGGUCCGCAGAAUAGGUCCCCUCCUCCGCUUGCAUUGGAGAACGGCGAGGGCAAUGCAGGUUCCAGUCAACCGACGAUUGGUUCCAUGGAGCUGUCGGGUCCAGGGCCUCUAGCGUCCGACAAACUCAUCGGCGGCAGAAAGAACGAUUUCGGGGGCGGCUGACACUUCGACCGCGAGGUCAACUGUGGGGACGACCCUGCGGCUGCGCAAGUGCUCAUAAGU